AUGGCUUCGCAAGACCCCCUUUACAUCGGGUUUGACCUGUCGACCCAGCAGCUCAAGGGCCUGGUCGUCAAUUCGGACCUCAAAGUCGUGUAUAUCGCCAAGUUCGACUUCGAUGCCGAUUCGACGGGGUUCCCCAUCAAGAAGGGCGUGCUGACGAACGAGGCUGAACAUGAAGUGUUUGCCCCGGUCGCAUUGUGGCUGCAGGCCCUGGAUGGGGUGUUGGAGAGCCUCCGGAAGCAAGGACUGGACUUUAGCCGCGUCAAGGGCAUCAGCGCGGCAGGACAGCAGCACGGCAGCGUCUACUGGGGACGCCAGGCUGCAGGUUUACUGAAGAAUCUCGACGCCUCUAAAUCCCUUGAGGAACAGCUCCAGCCCGCCUUCUCGCAUCCCUACAGUCCAAAUUGGCAGGACUCGAGCACCCAAAAGGAGUGCGAUGAGUUCGACGCCGUCCUGGGGAGUCGUGAGCAGCUCGCGCAUGUUUCCGGAAGCAAAGCACACCAUCGAUUCACAGGACCACAGAUCCUCCGGUUCACGAGGAAGUACCCCGACGUCUACCAACAGACUGAUCGAAUCGCCCUCGUCUCGUCAUUCCUCGCCUCCCUCUUCCUCGGGCGCUACGCCCCUUUUGAUAUCUCAGAUGUCUGUGGCAUGAACCUAUGGAAUAUCAAGCAAGGAAAAUUCGACGAACAAUUGCUCAAACUCUGCGGUGGUUCAUUUGGCGUGGAGGAAUUAAAGAAGAAGCUUGGCGAUGUGCCGGAAGAUGGAGGACUACACUUAGGCUCCGUCCACCCGUACUAUACCAAGCGCUACGGAUUCAGCCCCGACUGUACGGUGAUCCCUGCCACCGGAGACAACCCGGCGACUAUCCUGGCCUUGCCCCUUCGGCCGUCCGAUGCGAUGGUCUCUCUGGGCACAUCCACCACAUUCUUGAUGUCCACCCCGAGCUACAAGCCCGAUCCCGCGACUCACUUCUUCAACCAUCCGACCACCCCGGGCCUCUAUAUGUUCAUGCUCUGCUAUAAGAAUGGUGGCUUGGCUCGCGAGCACGUGCGCGAUGCAAUCAAUGAAAGCUUGAAGAACACCCCUGACCAGCCAUGGGCCAACUUCGACGAAAUCUCGCUGAAAUCUCCAGCAUUAGGCCAGAAGAGCCCCGGGGAUCCCAUGAAGCUGGGAUUGUUCUUUCCUCGGCCGGAAAUUGUGCCUAAUUUGCCUGCUGGACAGUGGCGAUUCACAUACGAUCCCGCAACAGGCAAUCUCAAGGAGACCACCGACGGCUGGGUCGCACCACAAGACGAGGCGCGUGCCAUCGUGGAAAGCCAGAUGCUUUCACUACGCCUUCGAUCAAAGGGGUUGACCCAGAGCCCUGGAAACGGGCUUCCUGCACAGCCCCGUCGAGUCUACCUCGUUGGCGGUGGAUCUAAGAACAAAGCCAUUGCCAAGAUCGCUGGAGAGAUCCUGGGUGGCGUGGACGGAGUUUACAAGCUUGAUGUUGGCGAUAACGCCUGCGCACUGGGUGCCGCCUACAAGGCUGUUUGGGGCCUAGAACGUCAACCAGGUCAGACGUUCGAAGACCUUGUCGGCCAGCGCUGGCGUGAAGAGGAGUUUAUCGAAAAGAUUGCAGAUGGCUACCAGAAGGAUCUUUUUGAACGCUAUGGCCAGGCUGUCGAAGGAUUCGAGAAGCUGGAAAGUCAUGUUGUUGACAGUGUCCACAAAAGCAGGGCAUAA